GUUGUGGAAUGGCGGACGGACGGUAGGGGCGGCCCGCCCCGGUGGUGGUGAGUGGAGGGAGCCGGCGAAGAAAGCGAGGCCGCCUAGCGGGAACACUGCCUGAAGCGGGUCCACCAUGCCGUUAGUAACAAGGAACAUUGAGCCAAGGCACCUGUGCCGUCAGACAUUGCCUAGCAUUAGAAGUGAGCUGGAAUGCAUGACCAACAUCACCCUGGCAAAUGUCAUUCGACAGCUGGGCAGCCUGAGUAAAUUUGCAGAGGACAUUUUUGGAGAGCUGUUUACUCAGGCCAACACCUUUGCCUUUCGGGUGAGCUCUCUAGUCGAGAGGGUCGACCGCUUGCAAGUCAAGGUCACUCAGCUGGAUCCCAAAGAGGAAGAAGUGUCCCUACAAGGCAUUAAUACAAGGAAGGCCUUCAAAAGCUCCACCACUCAGGACCAGAAGCUCUUUGACAGAGACUCUCUCCCGGUGCCUGUCCUUGAAACAUACGGCAUCUGCAAUACUCCACCACCUCUCAACAUUCUCUCCCCUUACAGGGAUGAUGGCAAAGAGGCACUCAAAUUCUACACAGACCCUUCAUACUUCUUUGACCUUUGGAAAGAGAAAAUGCUCCAGGACACCAAGGAUAUCAUGAAAGAGAAGCGGAAGCACAGGAAAGAGAAGAAGGAUAAUCCCAACCGAGGGAACGUGAAUCCGCGGAAAAUCAAAACCCGAAAAGAGGAGUGGGAGAAAUUGAAAAUGGGACAGGAGUUUGUUGAGUCAAAAGACAGACAAGGACCUGCUGGAUAUCCCUCUAACGUGGUGUAUCAGAAUGGCAGCAUUGGCUCAGAUGAGAGCAUGGAAAUGAACUACUAUCCACCACCACCGCAGUCUGAUUCUAUCUCACCACCAUCUCCAUCCUACCCAGAAGACAACCUGCCUCCACCACCCUUGGAUUUUAGCUACCCAGUAGACAACCAAAGAGGUUCUGGUUCUGGAGGACAAAAAAGAUCCAGCCUGGUCAGUCCAAGCCAUCCUCCACCAGCUCCUCCGGUUGGAUCCCCAUCCAGUGCCAGGCCUGGCUUUGCUCCACCUCCUGCUCCUCCCCCACCACCACCAAUGUCAGGAAUUCCCCCGCCACCUCCUCCUGUAGGAUUUCCCAAUUCAGGGAUGCCGUCGCCACCAUCUCCAUCCUCCUUCCCUCCUCACCCCGAGUUUUCUGCCCCUCCUCCGCCAUCACCUCCAGCAGUAGAAUACUUCGCUGUGCCUCCACCACCGUCACCUCAGUCAACAGAUGGUGCGCCUCCCCCUCCUCCCCCUCCUCCCCCUCCUGGUCCCCCACCUGUGCCUUCCAGUGGCAUGGAUGGUGCACCAGCUCCACUUCUGCCUCCAGACUCCUCGGCCUCCAAGCCAAAAUCUUCCUUGCCUCCUGUUACUGAUGCCAGAAGUGACUUGCUUUCAGCUAUCCGUCAAGGCUUCCAGCUCCGCAAGGUGGAGGAACAGCGGGAACAGGAGAAGCGGGACGUUGGGGGCAAUGACGUGGCAACGAUCCUCUCUCGCCGCAUCGCUGUGGAAUACAGCGACUCCGAGGAUGAUUCUUCGGAGUUUGGCGACGACUGGUCUGAUUAA